CAGAGUUUCCAAUUCCAGUUUCCUUUCCGAAUUCGUCAAUAAAAUUAUAAACUUGUGAAAAUUUGAUUGUUGUAGAUGGCUUAAGAUUAUGAUUUCUAAAUGAAAGCAAGGAAAAUAAUCUAUUUCUAAAGUCAACCGUUCACCAUGACUGCCCCACUAUCAGAAGAAGAAUUCCAGCGAAUGCAGAUGCAGCUGUUAGAACUUCGUACAAAAAAUUAUACAUUAGGAGAGAAGAACGUGAAAAUUCAAACUGAAUUACUGCAGAAUAAUGCAUUAUUAGAUGAUCUUCGAAAAGAACUUGCUAAAUCUCAAAAGAUAAUCUCGAGAAGUAAAAACGCCAAGGAAGUUGAACAGCUUAUUCAAGAAAAUGAGACUCUUCAAUCCAAACUUCAAAUUCAGGAGGAUGAAUUUCGUCUGCAGAAUGAAACUUUAAUGCACGAAAUUUCCUCCUUAGUUUCUGCCAAUGAUGAGUUUAAAAAAGAGUUAGAAUUAGUCAAGUCGCAGCAAUUGUCCGUUGAAACCCAAGGGAAUAACAUCAGGCUGGAAGCAGAAAAUGCAGCCCUUAAAAAAUUGUUAGCUUCUUAUGAGACUGAAACUAGAAAUCCCCAAGCUGACUCUGAAAGCAAGUUAGAUUUGAAUUUAGAGACUUUAAUAGAAGAAAAGAAAAUAUUGCAAGAAAACUUAAGAAAAUUGGAAAAUGAAUAUCGGGAGCAGCUUUUGAAAGCUCAAAAUGAUUUUGAAAAACUUAGUGAGAAGUUAAAGAAGAAACAAGAGAGUUUCUUGCAGUUUCAGGAAGAAAAAGAAAGACUGUUCAGUGAAAACAAAAAGUCAUUCGAAGAGUUAGAAUCAUCUAAAAAUGCAGAAAUACAAAAAUUGCGAAAUCAAAUAUGUGACAUGCAAAUUGAGCUCAGGAAUGCUCUAGAAUUCAAUGAUCAGUUUGAUAUUGAAAAUGUCAGUAAAGAGAAGGUUGCAACAAUUGAUAUUUCUGGGGACAAAGCUACAUUUGACUGCUCUGUAAAUGAAACAAAAUUGUCAUUGAUCAGCAUCCAAGAAAAAAUGCAGCAAUUAAAUAAACAGUUACUUGAAUCCGAGAAUCAAAAGAAAAUGCUAGAAUCAAAAGUUGAAGACUUGCAUGGAACAGUACAGAAUUUAGAAAGGCAGAAAUCUGAAAUAGAGGAAGCUCUGUCAGAAAAAACGCAGCUAGCCGAGAAGCGGAAGAAACUAAUGGAUGAAAUGAAUAACCAUCUGCUGGACACCACAAAUAAACAUUCCAAGGAAAUAGAGAAUUUGACGAGACAGCUAUCUGAAGAGCAAGAAGCUCUGCAAAAACUGUUUGAUAAAGAAAAGGAGACUAAAUUGAAACUCAUAGAUGCUAGAAAUGAAGUGCAAUCUUUGAAAGAGGAAGUGGAAAGACUUCGCUCUUCACGUUGUAGUGCAGAUGAUAAGUUCAGAGAGCUGGAAGAGAAGUUACAAAGUACUAUUAUGGAGCACGAGAAUCGCUUGGCUGAAAAAGACAAGGUACAUUCAGAAACUGUUGAGAUGUUGAAGGAAGAAAUGGAAAGUAACAUGAAAGAUUUGAAUAUUCAAUUGGAGGUUGUAAAAGCUGAGAAAAUAGAAUUUGAAGAAAAAGUUAAACUUCUGCAACAAGAAGCAAAAGAUUCUGUAGAUGAGAGAAAGAUUCAGGAAAAGAAAGGACUGACAAUGGUAAAAGAUCUGAAACGUCAGUUGCUUGUUGAGAGAAAUAGGGCCGAGAAGUUGCAGGAACGUCUACAAGAGGUGCUGAAUGAGCAGAAUCGCUCCGUUGAUGACAUUCUGCAGUCUUCGGGUCCGUUCGACAAACCUAAAGGGGAUGCCAGCAGCAUAAGUUCGUGGAGCUACGUAUCCGGUGGCACUGCAGAGCGUGAAGCCAAAGAUGGCACUGUACAAAGUGAUACUUCUUCUGGUGGACAUGAGUCACCGAAUCGAGUUUCACCAACGAUGCUGGAAACUGAAACGAGCAGCCUUCUUGCCAAGGUAACCCAACUGCAGCAAAAGAAUUGGACCCUGGAGGAGAAAGUGAAUCACUUAGAGAUGAGCAAUGAAGCCCUCGUGGACGACGUUCUCAAAAAGACGGCACUGAUUCAGUUCUACUGCAUGGAAGGUCGCUCUGAUCACCAUUCUUCCACCGUUCAGGACAAACUGACCAUCAAGCGAAUCGUUGAUUUCAUCAAGGACCGUGGAGAUGAGAAUCUAAAAGAAAUGAACCGUCGCAUGCAGCGAAUGCUGGAAGAGACUCUCACCAAAAACAUGCAUUUGCAGAAAGAUAUUGAAACAUUGUCCAAUGAGGUGUCUCGCCUGUCGAAGCUCAUCGAUUCUCCCGUUGAAAACGGAAUCCAAAGUGCAGUUUUUGUUGAAGGCCUUUGAAAUAAACUGCAUGUUAAUAAUAAAAUUAACUUUCCUUGAAUCUAGUCAUUGCAAUUUGCACGAAGUAUUUUUCAAAAAGAAAUUUCUGAAAUAUUUCUCGGAUCUGUUGUAUAGUAUUAUUGAUUAUAACAACUGUGAACUGUAUACAAAAGCAUCAAUACUUUAUAAUGCUUCUAGCACAGCCUGAAUUUACUAGGAAAAAUUUGAUGCAUCUAAAGGUGUUGAAAAAAAAAACCUUAACCUUUAAAUCUUUAACACUGUGGGGUUUUGUUACCAAAUACGCAAGAUAAUUUUGAUCGAUUGAUAACCUACUUUCCAUGUUAGUUAAUGGUGAAUCAAAGUUGAAAAUCCUUUUUUUAAAAAAAAAAGAUUCUUUUUUUCAGAAAAGGGUAAAGUAGUAUCCAUUGAAUAUUUAAGACAAUGUGAAAGAUACAUGGCUUUUUUUUUGCACUCCCCCCCCCCCAAAAAAAGGCGGUAAUUGCUUCUUCAUUAAAGCAGUUGCAAGCAAAGCUGGUCUAGAGCAGAAAAUGAAGCAUUUUGCCUCCAUUGUGUUUUAAAUAAGAAACUGGUGACAAGCAUGGUAAAAAACUUCAAUUUAAAUUGAAGUUUUUUUCCAUGCUUGUCAUACAUGUCAUUUCAUUAAAAAAAUGUCCCCUAACAAUAUUUUAAAAAGAGCUGCUAUGCAUUUAAAUGCAAACUGAACUUUCUUCAGAAAUGCUUUUUUGGUAGUUUCCCAAUUUACAUGUUAUUUGAAUUAUCAAACAGUUGUGCUGUGUCUCAAUAUUUGCUUUGAUAGAAGUAAUCAGAUUACUAUGAAUACAAAUAAUUUUGACUACCAAUGCUUGAGUAAUUUAUUAUACAGUAACCUCUUGUUGUAUCGUGCUUGACAAGAAAAAAUCGCGAUAUAACUGAAAUCAUGAAAAAACGAUUCAAUUAAUGACAUGUAACCUCUACAAAAUAUUGGUUUAUUAUUAUAGGAAAAUUUUAUUAACAAAACCAUGAAAAUUAGCUUACCAAUUGAUUUAAAUUUAAACUUUUUUAAUAUUCCUAUUGUUUUAUAGUGAAACAAAUCGAAAGUUGCGGCUUAAACUGCAACAAAAUACCAUUUUGUUCAUUGGUUGAGAAAAAGAAAUGUUUUUUUCUUUUUAUGAGAGGUCAAAUGUCACGCCUCUUUUUAUUUCAUGCAUAAUUUUUUGAGAGACAAAAGAAAAGUGCAGUAUAUCUGAAUAUAACGAGGUUAUUUGUUAUUACUUUGAUAAUAUUUUACUGAAUUAAAUAAAAGCAUGAUUGUUAUAUUUUUUAAAAAGUUUGCUUAUGGCUGGACUAAAACCAAAAUCACUGUAUAAACCAAAUUGGUUAGUUUUUUAGAUUCAUUUAUUUUAACUUUUGUCGGACGAUGUAGCAAAUUUCCCUCAUCUUUAGUUGAAACUCGGCAAAAGACUCAUAUUUUUGCCGUAGUUACAUCACUCGUAUAUCCUUAUCAUUUGACCACCAAGUGUCUUUGCUGGAUCUAGAACCUAUAGUUGGCCGUACGUAAUUUGACCCAUUAAAUAUUUUACGUUCUUUUCUUUCAUUUUUUUCAAUAUAUAUGCAUUUCCAGGUCAAAACAUUAUUUGGUUGUUUUUUUUUCUUUUUUAAUCAAUUUUUAUUUAGCCUGUGCCAGAUCAAUUUUUUAAAAAAAUUUGCUUGUUCAAACUUUAUUUUGUAAAGAUUAUAUGUAGCAGCCAUUAUGUAGAGCUCUUAUUUGUUUUUUUUUAAAUUUGGAAUUGACUAAUCAAGAUUGUGACGGUUAAAAAUAUGCAGUCAUUGAGUGCAUCUUGUGACAAAAAAAACGUUCAGAUUUAUUUUCAUUAACAGCACUUGGAUUUGAUGCCUAAAAUUCAGGACUGUAUCGAA